AUGGUUGAAUGGCUUUGUGCUGGGGAUUCGAAUACAUCCUACUUCCACAAUUCUGUGAAAAGCAGGAAUGCUAGGAACAAGAUUCAUUGUAUUCAUGAUGUGCAUGGUAAUCGGUUUGACGGUGAUGAUAUCCCUGCUGCUCUUUUGGACCAUUACUCAACGUUUUUGGGAACCGAUCAGCUUGUUCAAAAUUUUAAUGGUGAAGAUCUAUUUGUUAACACUUUAAACCAAGAUACGGCAGAUCAUAUGGUUAGACAAGUGACCCGAGCAGAGGUUAAAAAAGCCAUAUUUAGCAUUGGGGAAAAUAAGGCUCCUGGACCGGAUGGUUUCACUUCUGCAUUCUUUAAGCAUGCCUGGAUAUUGUGGGUGAUGAGCAAGAUUAUAACGGAUAGGAUUAAGGGAAGUUUGGAUAAAUUGGUCAACAUAAUUCAGUCGGCUUUUAUUCCGGGCAGGAAAAUUUCAAACAAUAUUCUUCUGACUCAGGAAUUAAUGCACAAUUAUCAUCUUAAUAGAGGGCCUCCUAGAUGUGCUUUCAAGAUUGAUAUUCAGAAGGUGUACGAUACAGUCAGCUGGCAGUUUCUUGAGUCUAGUUUGCACAAUUUUGGGUUCCAUUAUAAAAUGGUUAAUUGGAUUAUGACAUGUGUCACAAUGGUGUCAUACUCGCUUAGCAUAAAUGGGGAGCUUCAUGGUUAUUUUGCGGGUAAGCGUGGUCUUUGA